CAUGACCAAAUUUGACCAAUCCCAGCUGAGGACAGUUCGCCCCAGUACUCCUUCCCGCCAAUUUCGAAGUAGUAGGAAGGUAGUCAGCAAUACUAAACAUUCUGUCUCGUUUUCUGGUCAAAUUGAUGAAAUUUUUCCACUUUCUUUCCCUCUUAUUAUUUGGAACGAAUCUCCAAGGUCCUCGUGAAGAUGCUUGGGGAGUGUAUGCCGCAGAAUCCGCCAAGGAUGGGCGAGAGCAACGCCGAGAAAGGUUCCGAUGGCCGAAGCCCAAACAUCCUCACCAGCCCACCCAGUAGCAAAAAGCUGAAACAAGCGCGUCUUCCGUUCAAGGUGGUGUCCCCACUCAACGGACCAAUGUCUCCCAACACCCCAAACACAAAGAAGAGGAAGCACAGCAAUGAAGAAGUGGCUUCCCCAAAAACUCCCAAGUUGUCCACCCACUCCCCCUGCAAGUCUGCAGAAAAACUCGGCAACCAACAGCUGAAGGAAAAGCCCAAGACUUUGGCUACAGAGAACGCUGCCAAGUCUGCCGAGGAAGGAGAAAACGAAGUCAGCUCCAGUUCGGAGAUGUUUCCGGCUACAAAGUCGCCGGCAGUCAAGCUCGCCUCUAAGAACGAGAAGGCGAAGACUAUCGACAGUUUUCUGCAGACGACUCAGCAGCCGCUGGUGUCCACGUCAAACGAGGACGAAGUCAUGUCGAUCGAUCUGACCAUGACGGACAGUGAUGGUGAGGAAGAGACCACAGGUAAACAAGCUUCUCCCACAGGCAAACCUCAGGUGCAAGCCGCUGUUGCAGAGAGUUGUAUCAAAGGCCCCUCAAGUUUGCAGAAGAGUGAGGGAGGGUCAGACAUUCAAGAGUCAGACACCAUCAGCAUGGCCAUCGAGUCAUGCAUACAGAGCUCAACAGUAAGUUCUGUUGAGGUGACGAAGACUUUGGCUGAGGAGGAAGUUGUUGUGGUCAGCAAGACUGACCGCUCUCCGGACAGCUCCAACAACAAGGCAGUAUCCAGUACAGCUUCUCCUGUACUGAAGGAAAGUAGUCCAGCAUCAAGGUCCAUUCUAGACAUGUUCAAAUACACAGAUGACAAAAAAGCUGAGACAAACAAGGACUCACCAGAGGAUAAAGAAACACCAUCACAGCACAUGGCAACGCAGCCUGCUAGAGAGGAUGAAGUAGAAGUUAUCAGUGUUGUUUCUGGCAAACCUGAAGGAUGUACCAGUAAGAACAGCCCCAACAAGAGUACGACAGGAGAAGAAGCUUCCGAGAACAAGAUAACAUCGCCUCCAACACCGUCCUUCACAUCGCCAAAGGGACCAUCCACCAAGCCAAGGGUCAAGACUCCCAAACAGCUGGCUAAGGAGGCAGAGCUGCAGAGGAAAAGGGAAGAAAAGGAGAAAGAGAAGCAGGAGAAGCUGAGGCUUAAGGAGGAGGAGCGGGCGGAGAAGGAGCGACUCCGCUCGGAGGCCAGGAGACAGAAGGAACUGGAGAAGGAAGAGCUCAGGAAGAAGAAAGAAGAAGAGAAGCGACAGAAGGAAGCAGAGAAGCAGAAACUGAAGGAGGCAGAGGAGAAGGAACGGCAGGAGAAACUCAGGAUAAAGGAGGAGGAAAGGAAGAAAAAACAGGAAGCCAUUGAGGCCAAGUUAGAGGAGAAGAAGAAAAAAGAAGAGGAAAAACAGAAACAGGAGGAAGAAAAGAAGAAGGUGGAAGAAGAAAAGGCACGCAAGCAACAGAAAGUCAAAGCUGCCUUCCAGAGCUUCUUUGUCAAGCCCAAGUUUGACCCAGCUGAACCAAAGGAGGAGCAGCAACCUGUGGGGGCCUUCAUGCCGUUUGAGGUGAAGAAGGACAUGAAGCUGGCUCCACUCGUCCGAGUGGAGAACCUUGAUCUCACCAGGGUGAACGAAGGGCUACAGAAACAGAGCUGUACUGAGCUGUAUCUGGAUGAGUUAAAGAAUCAGUACAUCCCAAAGACUGGUGGACGAACCUUCCCUAGACCCAAUCCUGACAGUGUGCCCUUCCUGCCCAGUGAGGAGGCUGAUGAUGUGAUGGUUGUGGAGCCCACGCCAAAGACACGACACGUUCACAUGAAGCUGCUACAGUUCCAUGAGAACUACCGCCCCGCGUACUACGGCACCUGGAACAAGACAUCCAAACAACUCAACCCAAGGAACCCCUUCAAGAAAGAUGAGGACCUGUUUGACUAUGAGUUUGACAGUGAUGAUGAAUGGGAGGAAGAGGAGCCGGGAGAAAGCAUCUCCCACUCCGAGGGUGAGAAGGAUGACAGCGAUUCUGACGCAGACUCCGACCUGGAGGACUUCUUCGUGCCCCACGGCCAUCUGUCAGAGGAUGAGGGCUGUGAGGAUGAGGAUGAGCCCUCCAGCCCCAGUGCCCGUAAGGCUAAAGAGCUGGCCAGGCAGAGAGCGUUCGAGGCAGACAGGAAGAAACAGAUGAAGUACAUGAGGGCUGUUGUGAUUGGCUGUCUGUGGUCAUGUGAUAGUGCCAAGGACAACCAAUCAGACAUGAGGAGGAUGCUAGAGGAAUACAAGGUGUGUGCCUUUGCCUCCAUGCCCAUCCACGUGGCAGGCCCAGAGGAGAGCGUAGCGGCCGUGGACAGAACCCCCAAACAGAAAGUGAAGCGCCAGGCACAGCCUGUUCCUGAAGAAGCCUUCCCCGACCUGAUCCGCCUGAUGCACGGGAAUGCGAAGGGCAUCAAGUCUCUGGUGCGGGAGUUCCGAGAGUUCUGGUACCUCAAGCAGAGGGGGGAGAAGAGCGAAGGGUCGGGAAACAAGACGGAGGACAAGGGAGAGAGCAGUGCAGAGGUUGCCAUGGAAACAACAGAAACUGUGCCAGCAGGAACUGAUGUGGAGAUGAAGGAGUCUGACAGCGCGAGCAACCAGAGUGGGAGCAACGAAACAUCAGGGCUCCAAACUGGUUCAUCUGUCCCAGAAGCGGUUGUACCUUCCCCCACCACUGUUCCAGAUCGCCCAGAAGCCGCCGUGCCGUCCCCAGCGGCAGUCCCGGAUCCCGCCUUCUCCCAGAACAAGUACAGCAUCUCCAAACGGCAGCUGGAGAUGACCAUGAUGGCCAUCGCAGUCAGGGAGAAGCGCCAAGACUACCACAAGACCUGCUGGUACGUCCACCAGGAGGUCCAGACCAAGUACAGCAUCACCGACCUCCCCUUCCCCAACAAGUGGACAUAUGUCACCAAGCAGAAGUCAGACAGCCCCAAGUCUCAGGGAGCGACGCCCGGUUCCUCCGGUGGAGCCAAGAGGGACACCCCCGCGAAAGACGAGCGUCCGGUCACGCCUUCGGUCCCCGUCUCGGCUGCCAACAUCCGGCAGUUUGUCCAGCCGAUGUCCCCCGCCGCGCUCUUCAAAAGUCCUCAGCAGAAGGAACCAGAGAAGGUGCCGAUAAAUCCCACUACCUCGCCCGGGCCGGCAGGCAUCCUCAACUUCUUCAAGAAGGCGGGCAAGGUCAAGGAGUCAGGGAAGGAGGACGCAGGGUACCACGCUGAUUCGGAAGACGAUGACUGCAUGAUUAUUGAGGAGACAAGCACACAGGAGAAGUCGGUACCCAGUCAGUCUUCAGGCGCUGUGUCCGGCUCAGGAAACAAUUCCUGUCUCCUCAAGGAAGGUUCUGAGAAGGAUGUAGAUUCAAAGGACCUACAAGAAAAGGAAGGGGCUCCACAAGACGUCAUCCUUGUCCAAUCUCAGACCUCUGUAGAGGAGGAGGCGAUGGAAGUCACUCCUCAGUAGCACAUCCCUUCCAGAACCCUGGAUUACCGGCAAUCUUGGAAACCUAUCUGUCAUAUGUAUCUUCAAAAUAUGUUAUUUGUGCAUUUGAUGCUGACGCUUAGUUACAAAGCAUGCACCGGAUAUGUGUGAAGAAGAGAAACUUAGAUAGGUAUGGGUACAGCUAUUGAUAAAAGAAAAUAGGGUGUGUAGUAGUGAUUGUGAUGUGCUAGAUACUUAUAAUGAUGCCUUCAAGAAGCAAAAUCUGCAUUAAUAUGUUUUUUGUAGAAACAAUGCAAUAUACAUGUAUUGGUGCUGUCUUCUUUUGUAUAGUAUAUACUAGUCCAACAAACAAUAUGACAGAAAAUAUAAUGGAAAUGUUGAUUGAAGUCCAUCUAAUGCAGUACAUACCCUAAAAGCUGUUCAUGUAUGCUUCUAAGUGUGCAUGACAAGUACUGAGAAGUGUUGCUGUUUUGACGUUGUACAUACAUGUUUGUAGAUGAUACUGAGAAUUAACUGAAAUAGUCAGAUUCCUAUUAACCAGCAAAUAUAUUAGAUAGAACCUGUACAUUAUUCAGAAAGAUGUCGUCUACAUGGAAAAUGAUCAUAUUUACAUCUAUUACUAUUAGCUUCUCAGGAUUUUGAGUACUGGUCAGUGAUAACUACAAGAAGAUAUCUUUAUGUCAAAUUAGUUAUGUGAUGUGUUUGCAAAUGUGCUAGAUAAGGGCAAGAAACAUAGACAAUUACUUUAACAUCACAACCUGGCAUUUUGAAGAAGAAAAAAUAUUUCUACAAGAAAGCUUAUUCUGAUUAAGAUGUGAAUAACUCAUGAAGAAGACUCUCUUCUGGUUGCUUCAAGGGAAGAAGUGAUGCUCAAGUUCAUUGUAUGAUACAUUUUGUAACAGACUACUAGAUUAAUGUCAGUCCAUAGUGCACCUUAUACUUACAGACUAUUUUGUACUGGGCAGUUAAGGGAAUGGAAGCAUUUUUAACGCUCAGGUUACAUGGCAAACUUUGAGUUUCUUCUAACAUAUAUGACAUACCCAAAGAUAUGAGACCAGUUCCUUGUCCAUAAAGGAAUGUCUGUAAUAGAUAGGCACUUGAAAUGUGGUAAAAUGGCUUUUAGAAUAAAGGUUUGAUCUUCAA